AUGGGGAGGGAUGUUACUGGAUUAAGGUCAUCAUUUGAAAGGAAGACCAAUGAUGAUAAUAAUGUGGGGAGACCACCAAUGGGUGUAGAUCAUGUCUCUGCAGUUUUUGUUGCUCCAAAGAUUGCAGUUGACAAAGACAGCAAUACUUUUUCAGAGAUGGAUCCAGACUACAAUUCUGAUAGCACAACUAAUACUGAAAAUGGCAUCAACAAAGCGGAAGAUCAUCAUCCUCAAGAUGAUGGUGAUGAUGAUAGCCAAGUUCAGAAUAAGCAAGAAGAAGAAAUUCAUAAUGAUCAUCAUAGUAAUGGAGUUCUUAAAUCACAAAAAGAUCAUGAUGAUGAUGACCAGAAGAAAUUAACUACUACUACUACUACUACUACUACUACUACUAACAGCAGUACUAAUUUGUCGGAACCUAUUGCGCCGGCUUCAGGUUUUGCUGUUUUUGGAGUUCGUCGUCGAAAUGCUGCUGCUGCUGCUGCUGAUCAUCAAACAAAGAUUAGUGUUGCGAAAGAUCAUAAUGGUGCUGUUGAGAAACUUAGCGAUUCUGGCGUGACAGCCAAUACCGAUGAUCAUAAGACUAAUGAUUCGAAUGAGCCUUCAAGGACUACUGAAGUAACUGAUAAUGAUCAGACUAUUAAACCAGCGUCAGGGUUUGCUGCUUUUGGAGUCAUGCCGACUCGCAGAUCUAGUGCUGCUCCUGCUCCUGUUCCUGCUCCUGCUCCUGCUCCUGAUCAUCAUCAGUUACAUACUACUACUGUUGCAAAUGAUCAUUAUGACAUCCAGAAAGAUUCAAGCGAUCAUGAUCAGCGGGCUAAUGAUCCUGUUGUUGUCGAGCAACAUAAUGAUUCUGGAAUGAUGACGAAUACUGAUGAUGAUCAUAAGAGAAAUGAUUCACAUGAAUCUCCGAAGAAUACAAAAAUAAAUAAUGAUCAUCAGCCUAAUGAACCGGCUUCAGGGUUUGCUGCUUUUGGCAUUUUGCCGGUUGGCAGAAAUGCUCCUCCGGUUGCAGCAGACCACCACUGGUUACAUAAUGCCGCGGAAAAUGAUCGCGAGAUCCAGAAUAAUUCUGGUUCGAGCAAUCAUGAUCAUCACGCGGCUAAUAAGGGGGCUGUUGAUCAACAACAUAUUGAUUCCGGUAUGAUCCAUUCCGGUAAGGCUAAUGAUCCGCAUAAGUCUCCGAGGACUCCAAGAACAAGAACUGACAUUGAUCAUCAGCCAUUUUCACCUCCAUACAUGAAGACUGCGGAACCACAGAAUGAUCAUGAUGAUACAAAAUACAUAGACGAAGGGGAUAACUUAUCCCAGACAUCCUCAGGGGCAGCAACAACCACAAGGUCAAUCCGACCUAAACAGACCACUGUUGCAGUCGGUCCUAAAUUCAUUUGCGGAGAACGCCUCAAGAAACGUAAGGAGUAUUACACGAUGUUGGAGGAAAAACACAAAGCAUUAGAGAGGGAGAAGCGUGAACAAGCUGCUAGAAUGAAGGAAGAAGAAGAGGCAGCACUGAAGCAGCUGAGGAAGAGCUUGGUGGUGAAAGCAAAUCCAGUCCCUAGCUUCUACCGUGAAGGUCCUCCUCCAAAAACUGAACUUAAGAAGUUACCAGUCACGCGCGCAAAAUCACCAAACCUAACUCGAAGAAAGAGCUGCAAUGAUGCAUCCAACAAGGCAACCAAAGCAUCAUUCACAGAAGAAAAAGGAGGUUGCGAAAAUGAUAAACGACAUAGCUUUGGAUCUUGCAAAGAUGCGAAAACUACUCCUACUACUGCCACCAAAACCAAAUACGUCACUGGUUCAGCAUCAAGUAAACACAACAAUACCCAGAGCCGUCACGAUCAUCAUCAUCAGAAGCAGAAUGUCGUCCGAAACAAACAAGGGCCAUCGUCCAAAUCACAGGUGGUGAAACAGACCUCAAAAUCUGGCGAAAUUUCGAAUAAUAAUUCGGACACGGAAGAAGAAGUAACAAAAGUAGUAGACCACGUUGCUGAUAUUUCAGUGGUUGAGAAAGAGGAUGCAGAAAACCAUCCUCCUGCUGCUGGUUCUUCAGAUGAGAUGGAAACAGAGGUAGCUAUGGUGAAUGAAGAAAGACAGAGCAAUUAG